AUGUUCAUAAUGUCGGCCAUUCCACAACACGUAAAUCAACUCAUGCGAAUCGACAAGCUAAAUAAAGAAUGGGCAAGAACGCACGCCCAAUCCUGUGCUGUGUUCUCAUUAUUAGUAAACAUUGAAACACAGAGAGAAGCCACUUUAUCGUUCACAUCAAAGCCACCUUCGUUCCUUGAUUCCAAAACCAUUAAUCUGCUCAUCUACAAACAGACUU